CCGACCCGCGACGUGCAGCCUAGUUGGCCACAACACCGCGUAUCCCCUCCGCGCGCGCGCGUGUGUGUGUGAGUGUGCUUGUGAGAGGAGAAGAGAGAGAGAGAGAGAGUGAUCAGGCCUUAACCACUCUCCACCCCUCUCCCGCCCGUCUGCGCCAUGUUGACAAGCCAGUCCCUCGAGUCCGCGGACCUGGUGGUGUUGGCCCAGGGCCUGAUGGUCGUGCUCCUCUACCUGGUCUUCAAGUGAUGAGUGCAGCUGGAGCAGCUGGAGCAGCUGGAGCAGCCCACCGGCAUGCCCCCCCUGCGGAGGCCACCUCGACCACGGCGGUGGGGGGCUGGCUGCGGCCCCUGACCGGCCUCAUCGCCAGGGCCGCGAGCAGGGCGGCCGGGGCGGCGGCGGGGGCGGCGAGGGUCGCCGUCAGGGCCGCCUCCGCGACGGCGACGCUGACGGCGCGGCGAGUGCGCGCCGUGCGGAGGCUGCUACGACACAGGAGCGUGCGCCGCAGGAGGGAGCGACGCCAGCGACGCGCCGCCCGCCAGCAGCACCAGCAGCACACCCAGCAGCACACCCAGCAGCACACCCAGCACCAGCGCGAUGGCCGACACGGCCGCCUCGGCGCCCUCCGCGCCCUCGGCCUUGGGGCUGGCCUCCGCCCCCUCCGGGCACCCCACCGACGGGGACCUGCACUUCGCGGUGGCCGAUUACGCCAUGUUCGGCCUGAUGAUGUGCAUCUCGGCCCUGGUCGGCGUGUACUACGGCUUCUACAAGCGGCAGGACACCGUGCAGGACUACCUGCUGGGCGGCAAAUCCAUGGGCAUCUUCCCCAUCGCCAUGUCACUCGUGGCCAGCAACGUGUCCGGCAUCACGAUGCUCGGGGUGCCCGCCGAGAUGUACACGUACGGGUCGCAGUACGCGGCCCUUAACCUGUCCGCCGUGCUUGUCUGCGUGGCCGUGGUCCGGUGGUUCGUGCCCGUCUUCUUUAAGCUGCAGUUCACGUCCUCCUACGAGUACCUAGAGCAUCGGUUCAACAGGUCGGUCAGAAGGAUAGCAUCGUUUUUGUUCGGCCUGGGUCUGCUCCUCUACCUGCCCGUCGUGAUCUACGUCCCCUGCCUGGCCUUCAACCAGGUCAGCGGCAUCGCGCUCCACAUCAUAGCCCCGGCCGUCAUGUUGAUCUGUAUCUUCUACACGACAGUGGGCGGGCUGAAGGCCGUCGUGUGGACCGACACGCUGCAGCUCGUGGUGCUGGUCGCCGCCUCCUUCGUGGUCAUCACCAUGGGCAUCCUCAUGGUGGGCGGAAUGGGCGAGUUUAUCCACCGAGCCGACAGCGGCGGGAGGCUGGUGUUCUUCGAUAUGAACCCGGACCCGUUGACGCGGACCACCUUCUGGACCGUGUUCGUCGGCUCCAUCCCAGACAUCGCCUCUAGCCACGCCGUUCACCCCACCGCCCUCCAGCGGUUCCUCAGCGUUCCCACUCUUCGCAGCGCGCAGUGGGCCGCCGUCAUCCUGUGCGCCGGGUACAUCCUGACCAAGGGGCUCAGCUGCGUCACCGGCCUGCUCGUGUUCGCCACCUACCACGAGUGCGACCCGCUCAAGACGCGCUCCAUCAAGAAGCCCGACCAGCUGGUGCCGUUCUUCGUCAUGGACGUGGCCCGUUCGGUGCCCGGGCUGGCCGGCCUGUUCGUGGCGGGCGUGUUCAGCGCCGCCCUCAGCACCAUGUCGUCGGGGCUCAACACCCUGGCGGGGACCAUCUACGAGGACUUCUUGGUCCACGGCCUGGCGCGCCGUGACAGAGCGCCCACUGAGUUCCAGGCCUCGCUCAUCAUCAAGGGACUGGCGCUGAUAGUGGGCGUGCUGUGCAUGGCGCUCAUGUUCGUCGUGGAGAGGCUGGGCAGCGUCCUGCAGGUCACGUACACCUUGAGUGGCAUCACGGGUGGCGCCCAGCUCGGGCUCUUCGUCCUGGGCUUGUUCGUCCCCUGGGCCAACGUCAAGGGUGCCAUGGCUGGAGGGCUGUGCAGCCUGCUCUUCAUGGGCUGGAUCGUGACCGGGUCGCAGGCGGCGAUAUUCAGCAAGCAGCUGACGUACCCGUGGCUUCCCACCCGAGUGGACGGCUGCGCCAACAACGUCACCGACAUCCUACACGACAAGGACAUGACGUGGACGAACUCCAUCACGGAGAUGCACACGAACCCCGAGGACACGUUCGUGCUCUACCGAAUCUCGUACUACUACUACACGCUCCUGGGGGCCCUGAUCGUGGUCGUGGUCGGACUGGUCGUCAGCCUCUUCACGGGGCCCCAGGACCUCAGGACAAUCAACAGGGACCUCCUGUCUCCGGCCAUCUACGGCUUCCUACCAAAGCCUGCCGAGAAGGCCAGCUCCCGCGAGAAGAGUACAAAGGUGGCCAAGGUGUGAGCCCUGGUCGCAAACCACUGACAUCAAACCUGAGAGACUUUUGUUUUUGUGUGUGUAUGAUAUUUUUCUGUGUAAAUAGCUAUAAUUGUUCAUGUGAGAUUAAGCCUUGUAAAUACAAAUCCUGUUGUGAUAGA